GUUAAGCUGGUGACCUUGGUUCAUCAUAUGGGUGGAAUUAUUCGAAGAGACUUUGGCUCAAAAAUUACACAUCUGGUGGCGAACUCAACACAUGGAGACAAAUUCAGAAUUGCUGUAAGUCUUGGUACUCCUAUUAUGAAAGCUGAGUGGAUUUAUAAGGCUUGGGAGAAAAGGAAUGAAAUUGAUUUCUGUGCAGCUGAUGAUGACUUCAGAAAUCAGUUCAAGGUUCCUCCCUUUCAGGAUUGCAUGUUAAGUUUCCUUGGAUUCUCUGAUGAUGAGAAAGCAAACAUGGAAGAAAUGACAGAAAUGCAAGGAGGACAUUAUUUACCAGUUGGUGAUGAAAGGUGUACACACUUAGUGGUUGAAGAAAGCACAGUGAAAGAUCUUCCGUUUGAACCUUUAAAAAAACUUUAUAUUGUUAAGCAAGAGGUUAGUGCUGACAAGUUCUUGGAAUAA